GGGGUGUGUCAAUACACGUUUAGUUCCUCAAGGAAGUACAAGUCGACAGUAUCUCAAGGCGGAGUGCUGAGGAGCGAGGCCGGCUGCUUUUGCAAACAUGAAGCGCUGAAGUUGAGAGAGCCUCGUCGUCGUCGUCGUCGUGUUCAUCCUCGACCGGACCAACCGCCGCACGAGCGAGGGGGAGGCCUCCAACUCAGACAGCCAUGGACCACUUCAGCUCCCGGGACGCGGCCAUGAAGAUCCAGAAGAAGAUCCUGAGCGGCAUGGCCACCAAGAGCUCCGUCCAGCUGUUCAUCGACGACACCACCAGCGAGAUCCUCGACGAGCUCUACCGCGUUUCCAAGGAGUACUCGGGCAACAAGGCGGAGGCCCACAAGGUGGUCAAGGACCUGAUCAAGAUUGCCGUCAAGAUCGGCGUCCUGUUCCGCAACAACCGCUUCAGCACCGAGGAGCUCGUCUUGGCCCAGGACUUCAAGAAGAAGCUGCGGCAGGGCGCCAUGACUGCCAUUAGCUUCUACGAGGUGGACUUCACCUUCGAGAAGACGGUGAUGUCCGAGCUCCUGACGGGCUGCAGGGACCUCUUGCUGCAGCUGGUCAACAGCCACCUGACGCCCAAGUCGCACGGCCGCAUCAACCACGUGUUCAACCAUUACGCCGACCCCGAGCUGCUCACCCGGCUCUACCAGCCCGACGGGCCCUUCCGGGACAACCUGACGCGCAUCUGCAAGGGACUCAACAAGCUUGUGGAGGACGGGACAAUAUGACAGCCCACCACCCCCCAAGCGUCCCUUGGGACUGCACUGACACUCCACACUUGACACUGUCCUGCUGCUACGAGAGCGCACACAAGGAGGGAGCCGCCUGCCAGAUGGUCCACUUGGGAAAAAAAAACUGCUGAAUAUGGACUUUUUUUUUGUUUGUUUUGAGGUGUUGUUUUGAUGACAAGUCGGACCAGAUCCAAGUGUUUCACAGUUUUUGAAAAAUAUGAACUCCUGUAUUGACGGUAACAAGGAAAGAGGAGGCAGUCUGCUCAUACAAUGCUGCCCUCUGGUGGUUAAAAUAUGCUUCGUCAACGGGGGGAAAACGGCGAAGCGUCCAGAAAUCAAGAAAAUAGCCAAUAGUAAUAAUCAUGAUGAUAAUAAAAGCAAAAAAGGCC